AUGCUCUUCGCUUAUAUUCUCGCUGUAGCGAUCCCGUGUAUUAUUUCUCUGGUUGCUGCUUUGCAUCUGAGUUGCAGACGCGUCUACCCUUUGCCUCUGCCGCCUGGCCCUCGUCCAUUACCAUUCUUGGGAAAAUUUAUUCACUCCCGCAUCCUUGGGAUCGACUUGGUUGUCAUCAACUCCGAAAAGAUCGCACAGGAGUUGUUGGACAAGCGAUCUGCAAUUUACUCGGAUCGCCCCGUCAUUCGCACCAAUGAAUUAGCUGGACUGGCUUUCAAUGCUGUGCUCCUUCCAUAUGGUGAGACUUUGCGACGACAUCGCAAGAUCUUCCAUCAAGUCCUCAGAGCCGAAGCCUCUGUUUCAUACCACGAGAUGUACUCUCACCACGCGAAUGAACUGGUCAUCAAUCUUUUGGAUGCCACCAGUGACAUGCAGAAACACACUGAAGUAUACACGGGAUCCCUGAUCAUGGCUGUAACAUACGGACACACUGCUCGCGGACACGAUGACCCAUUCCUUGCCCGCGCGCAUGAACUCGUUGAUAUCGCCAAACAUAUUCUUUCCCCCGAGAGGGCCGCCAUAUUCACAGCCUUUCCUUUCCGCGAGUGCCUCAAUGCUGUCGACGACGUCAAUUUCAACAUCCAGCGUGUCGGUUGCAGUCGAAAAGUUGCCAAUUUGCUUUUGAACGAGCCCUUUGAUGAGGCGAAGGCGCAGAUGGUACGUUUGCGCAUUGUGGAUGCUCUCGCCGACUUCCUCGGUCAAUGUGACGACGACGCUGAGGAAGACACGAUGAAGGCUGUUGCGUUAAUGGCAUACAUAGGCUGCAUAGACACGUCUACAUCCACAUUGCAGACAUUCCUGCUGGCUAUGGUUCUCUAUCCUGACGUUCAAGCCCGAGCCCGUGCAGGGAUCAAUCACGUCGUGGGGCAUGAUAAAAUGUCAUGUAUUGAUGAUAGAGCGUCACUACCCUACCUUGAUGCCGUUUUCCGUGAGGUUCUGAGAUGGUGUCCUCCCAUACCCCUAGGUCGGUCCGCAGCCAUAUAA